AUGAGCCAAGGUCAGGGGAAUGCACCAUACCCGUCAACUGCGCCUGUGCCUUACCCGCCCCAGCCGUAUGGUCCUCAUCCAGCGGAUGCAUACCACAGUCCAUACGGCCAAGAGACUCCUCGCGAAUUACCACAAGGCCCUCUGCCCCAACCUUUGCCCCAGCAAUUCCAACAGCAACCCCAACAACAGCCUCCGUCUCCCAGCAGGAAAUCCAUGUUCGACUUCGUUUCUCCGUUUGAUGCGCUUGCGUCCACAACUUCUUCGUCCGUGAAGAAGAAACCCGUUCCAGACGAGGGUCACGAGCUUGGAGAGCCCUGGACGUCCGCUCCCACUGACCCAAAGCGCAAGUCUAUGGAAAAUCUCAUGGACCAGCUCACAAGAAGUAGCCAGGGGCCAUCGGCGCCAUCUCAGCAUCGACUUGACUCGUACAGUCCGGAGUCGGUAGCCGUUCCGUCUGAGCCGAUGCAGUUCCAGCAGAAGCCCUUGUAUGCACCGAAGCAGCAACAGCAUAUGCCAGGAUCUCCCCGUGGAUCUCCACCUCGGUCUUAUGCUCACCAGAGUCAGACUCAGCAUCGUUCUCGUGAGUCUCCAAGCGGAUCGAUGAUGCAGAGUCUCGUAGGGAAGGCGAGGACAGAAUCUUCACCUGUGCGGAGCAACUGGAAGAGUAACCAGGAGAGCAGACUUCGCGCACCCAAGCAUAAGACGUUUAUUAACUCUCCGAUUCAGUCGCAAAACAUCGUUUUCGACGUUUCUCAGAAUCAAGAGAGCGUGCAAGCAUCUCGAGACUAUGUCAAGUCCACCGCAAUUGCUCUGGUGAAAGUUGAUCCGACGUUCCUCCCCGGAACAACCAUUGGUGCAACACAUUGGGUUGCAUAUGCGAUGACCCGCGGUCGUGUUCGAGUAAUCAGCAGGUCAAGCGGUGACCGAACGCUGUUGCAAUUGCCAUCCGUCUUUGGACCCACCAUCUCAGUGACGGACAUGGCAGUCUACAACAACAGGCUAGCUGGCGUCACUUCGGAUGGCGGGUUCGUGGUCUGGGAACUUCCUGAAGUGAUCACAGACGAUGUUCCAGGAAAAGUUCUCGUCUGCAUCGUUCCCCACAACGAGUUUGAGCCCUUGCACUCUGUCAAGUGGCAUCCAAAGGACCCAGACACUCUAGCUGUUGCCUCGGACUCAAACAUCAACUUGCUCAACGUAGCUGAUGCUGCUAAUGUGUUCCGCGGCCAAACUUUUACUCAGAUUGACUUGCCGCGCGUUGCGCAGACCUACAGCGUGUCUUCGCCUCUUAUCUCGUUUGAUUUUGAUAUUCCGCACCAAGCUCUCGCUACGAUAUCAGAAGACUCUGUCCUAACACUCUGGAAUAUACCUGAUAAACUGCCUUUCUGGUCGCAGAAAAUUCCUGGUGAAGGCACGCCGUCUUCACUCACUUUCCUUGAUGGUGGUGUGGUCAUUGGCAGGAAGAAUGGCACUGUCUUCCAGCUCCUCCCAGUCAUGGGCGAUGUCAUUCUUUCCACCGUAAAGUUCGUCAAUAAUGGUGCCGAGGACUCGGAGAUGUUCGGUCACGUUACCUACGAUAGCCGCAUUCAGACUCUUUGGGUCGCAAAUAGCAAGCGUGACAGUCUCAUCGCUCUUAAAGUCUGCUUCGAACUGUCGACACCAUCACCUGGCGGUGAAGAGCUCAUACGUGGCGGAUACUUUGAGCAGCUUAUUGAGUUCGUUGGGCCGAAGCCAACCCUGAACUUUGUCAUUCUCACCGCUGACGCGGAUCCUACGGGUGACGAGGCAAACGCAGCUUGCAUUGCCGCUAAGCUCCCACCGGGAGAACUUGCACUUGUCGCUUUUUCAGUGCAUAGCAGCGGUGUCGAUCAAGUAUUGAUCCGAAAGGAGUGGUACGAAGCCGCGUUCCUUUCCACCACUGCGAAAUUCCCACCAUUCAACCCAACGAUGGUGCCACCACCUGCACCAGCUCAGCAGCCCCGUGUACCUCAGCCUCCCCAAGUUCUCUCGCAGCCAAUCCCCUCAGUUCCAAUUAGGCUAAGGACGCCACCGUCCGAGGAGAUCGAAUCGGAGCAAAAUAAAGAGGACAUACGACCACAAGACGUAAAGGGCAAGGGACCGAAAGGCAAGAAUGUCGGAUGGAAAGACAGGGAAGAAUCUAACGGUGGCAGCAGUGGCAGAGACAAGGGCAAGGAAAAGGAAAAACCGAGCGACAAUGGCAUUCUCAACGAAUCACCUCUUGGAAACGCCCUCUCAAAGGAGAUUCGUCGAGUCGAGGAGAAUUUGCACACCCGCAUCGGCCGUCUUAUCGCUAAGGAGCUGGACAAGCAACAACAACGUCUUGAGGAAGCUCGGGCCAAUGAACAGGCUGCCGACUUCACCCGCCAAGAGAAGAUUCUCAAACUUAUUUCCACUGAGUUGACGAAGAACACUACGCGCGUUGUAGAAACUGCAGUCAGGGGCGAGGUACAAAAUUCCGUCCUUCCGUCGCUCGAGGAUAUCACGAGGACAGAGGUCAAGUCUGCUAUCAAUACUCAGCUUUCAAAGGGUGUUAGUGAAUCCGUCCGAGCAACGAUGCCUAUUGAAAUUGAGAAGAUGUUCAUCAAACCAGAGGUUUCGAACCAGAUCGCACGCAAUCUGUCCAGCUCCUUGACGCCUGUCAUUGAACGUCACGUUAAAGAUGUUGUCACGAAGACUUUGCUACCGGCAUAUCAGGCCCAGACAUCUGCCAUGCACUCAGACCUUGCACGCGAAAUUCAUGCUGAGAUGUCGUCCCUGAAGAAGGACGUCAUCAAUUGGCAGAGCGAAGCGUUCCGGAGUCACGAGUCCACGAUCCGGGACAUGGACCAAGCCAUCCGUUCUCUAUCUGAGCAGAUUAAAUUCAUGACGAUGAAUAUGUCUUCAAUGAGCCAUUCAACCUCAUUGCCUCCCCACAGCUCUCCCAGUUCGUCGAGCUCUAACUAUCUACCUACUGGGCAGUCACCCAUGGGCCAGUCGCACCACCGCUCAGCCAACAUCCCGCCAAUGACUUCCACAUCAAACUACCAGCCCUCAUUCCAGCAGGCUCCUCCCUCUGCACCCUCGGGUAUGCAUAGCCAAUGGUACGGGCCGAACUUACCUGGACCACCUCACGGUGCACAGCAGGUCGUGCAGCAAUUGGCAGCGCAACCUGUCGGACCACCUGCUCCGAAAACGGAGGAAUGGGACGACACCUAUCUCGCUGUGCUGAGCACGCAGGACCUCAAACAGCUCCGAGAGCUUCUGGCUCGAUCCAACCCGGAAAUUAUUAUGCCAUCAAGCGGUCCGGGUCCGUUGUCGCAAGCCGUCAUCCUCACGCUUGUGCAUCGUCUCGCAGCCGCCAUCGGAGAGACUUCACCAGUUGAAGAAGCGUUCAAAUCUUCCCUCUGGUGGCUGCAGCGUGCAUCCAAUACUUUGAACACUAACGACCCUCUAAUUUCUCCUUACGUUGGACGAGUUCUGCCUAAUGUUUCUCAGAUGCUGAACACGACGAAGCAGCGCCUGGGUCUGCUCCCUGGAGGACCGCAGCUGGUCGACACCACGCGCCUCAUCUCGGACAUCCAAGAAAUACUUAACCGCAAGCCUGUGCUAUGA